AUGGCUGGUUGGGCGGUGAACAUACACACCCGCAAUAGAAGUACAGACCCAACCCCCUCAAAAACUACCACAUGCAGUCCAGCUCCCCUUCCUACGCAGUUUGUCCUAUUUUUACGCUUCAUACGUUGCGAGAAAUCCAAAGAGCAUGAAGCCAAGUACCAUAUAUAUCAAGGGCGGGUGUAUGUACAUGAAAUGACGGGAACUGGAAAAAUAAAUUGCUUCCCAGCUAGCCUGGCAUAUCCAAGGGUAGAAUUAUAUUAG